AUGUCGAAUGGGGCCCACCCGUACGACCCCUCCGCCCCCCUUUCCUCCAUCCCCCUUGUGGAGCAUCACCUGGUGACGAACACCAUCCGGCGGCUGGUCCUGGGGAGCACCCCGCAGUGCUUUCUUAGCCCCACCGCGGCCCGGCGUCUCCGGCGCCCUCUCCGCUCCAACACCUCCCUGCGCGCCCUUGUGCUCUACCGGCGCCACGCCAGCCUGCCGGCGGUGGGACGGGUCCUGUGGGCGGCCGCGGGCUGCCGUGGCCUGACAAGCCUCACCCUUGUAACGGAGUGCACACAGGAAGAGGUUGAGGCCCUGGCCCCCGCCCUCGGGGCCUUUGGCUUGCCCCCUACGAAGCCCUGGAAGGGGGGGGGGGUUCCCGAUCGGCCUCACUACGCUGCCCCCACCGCGGCUUCGAGACGAUGGAGCCACCUUUCUUCACCGAGCCUUUCGGCGUCCUCCGCAUCGCGCGUUCGGGCCGCCACGGGGCGUUCUCCUGGGGUCUCCCCAAACGGCGGAUGGGGGCGAUUAUUGGGUGGAGACCGUGGUUCGCUCUGUCCUUCCUCCUCUGACCCUUCACUCGAGGCCGGGAGGGGAUGCGAGACGUCAAACGUGGGAUGGACACCUUGCCAUUCGGUGAGCCUGACAUUGGUUUUUCACCGCUUGGAUGCGGCCAUGGUCGAUGGCCUCGUUGAGGGCCUUCGCAAGGGUGAACGAAUCACGGAUAUCGUACUACGGGUACACCACGUGGAGGGGCGGACAUCUCAGGAGCGGAAGGAUCUUCAACAGUAUGCUUCUUCUCUUGAGGCGGUUGCCGUGCGUAAUCGAGAACGUAUGCGCGAUUUCGAGUGCCAGGCUUCGAUGGAGACGUCGCGACCUUCGUCCCCUCAUGCCUCAUUAUACUCGGUGCCGCUGCAGCCAUCACGUUUUGUUUCUGGAGCGAAUAAGAAACAAUUAUUACGGCCUGCCGGAGUGAGCCUUGCUCGCGAUGUAGGGAAAGCGGAGGGUACAUUGCGGCCUUCCGAUGCUUCCCCACGCUUUCGCAGUCUUGUAGGUAUGUUAGGAGCGAAUGAAAGACGUCAAGCCCAUGCCUCUGGAAAAGUAGUAUCACCAGAUACUGUGUGGAAGCCUCAUCCUCCAAGAGGUUUCAGGACAACUGGAGUCGAGCAAAAGACCUGCGUUGCUCCUUGCAAACCCAAAACGCCUCUAAAAUAUGGUCAACAACCACACACUUCAUACCCUAUGUGCUCCCCAGUAAGUUUUCAUAGGAUACGGGGCACAUAUUUAGGUCACAUAGGCAUGCCUCUCCUAUCCGAUGUAUCGAAAAUCACCAAUGGAUACUUUGCACCCAAGGGUCGUCCCCACUCCUAUGUUAAAGGGACGAUGCUGACCCCACCCUCGCGGCGAUACUCACCAGCGCAGCUUAUUCCACAACCACCACAGCGGCAGCGAGGGUGUACGGCGCUAUCAACUCGCCUUACUAAACAUUCUGAUCACACCGCAGAAAAUGUUGGCGUAAAGUCCCAUCGAGGUCCUCACUUGACCCGGAAACAAUUGCAGGCUUCACCGUAUCAAUCCUCCCCUUCAUCCUCGCCCAUAUCAUCUCGGAUUAGCCACUGGAGGGGCACUUCAUCAUCUGCUUCUUCUACAGCCAUGUCUUCGCCCCUGCCCCGACCUCCGGCCCGUUCGCAUGGCAAACUCACAGAGGCUCCUGCGGACGGAAGGUUAGUUCUCUCUGCCAACGUUCGACACUAUCCAUGUCGGGAGAAACCACCUUCGUCGAAGACGCUUUCUGAACGAGUAUUCGUUGAGGUGCCGUCCCUUCCACAGUGUACGUUAUUCAUGCCCUCUGUUCCUGGGGUAGAGGAGCAGCCGCAGCCAACUUCGCCUGCUGGUUUGAAUACCCAGAGCGCAUCGACCAACAUCCUUCCCCCGGAAGCUGUUUUCCCUCCAUCAGAUUCCAGGGGUGCUUGCGCCGGCUUUGCUUCUGCGCAUCGCUGUUUUGUGUGCAAAUUGCUCGGCGUCGGUGGCUGUUCACCGAAACCAAGCUUCACUACCCCCCACAGCGCGAGCCAGACUCAAAAAAAGAGCCUAUCGAAACCACGCACCUCUUGUGAAGGCCAUUCAAAAACGCUCACGUUGCCUCCGAGCACAAAGAAGGCGGAAGACAAGGGCUGUGAUUCUCAACUCUCCAUUUCUUCCUCUUCUACACGACGGAAAGCGUGUGAGGCUACUCUUCGACUGCAUGAAAGAAGCAUGGAAGACGCUUCUUUGCACACUUCGAAGGGUUCCACCGAGAUUCCAACUUCUUUAUGUGCAACUUUGAAGCCUUGCCACUGUCGUGAUAGAGACGUACCUCCAACUGCUAGUCGGAAUUCUUUUACCAUGAAGGAAAUUCAUGACGCCGUGAAGACCACCUCCAGGCAACUGGACAGACGCGCUCAUUUUCGUCGACUUAGGUCUUCCAAUUCUAGCGUUGCUUUAUACACAAGUCGUGAUCGGUGCGUAGCGAAACCAAAAAGUUUAUCGACGUCCUGCAUUUUUCCGUUAAAUAAACAGGUCGAGAACGUGCAGCGUCCGGUGCCACCUCCUUUUCCUUCACUAAACCUUCAUCCGCGAUGGAAAUCCUGCAUUUCUGAUGCUUGGAUUGGGCAACCUACAAACGAUGUUGAGGAAAGCAUCAAAGACGUCGAGGAGGGUGACAGUGAAGAAAUUACUCCACUGAAGGAGUACCCCUCACUGGAGGUGACGCCGCGCGUAGGCAGCACUGGAGCCUUAUUGCCUCUUUCACCAACUCAGACUCGUAUUAGCCAUCUUGGUAAAUCUUUUGAAAUUGCCAGCGAGGGGGCUGUCAUAGGUUCGCCAGUGUUGUUGGCCUCAUCUCCAUACUAUGAGCCAUACCCGACCCGUGCGGAAAGAAGGCAUCCGUUGAGCGUGACCGAUGGACUUGAGGGCCCUCAUUCUUUGCAAAGACUGUGUUUCGAGCAAUUACAGGAGUCCGUGCAAAAUAUCCAGGCUAAAUUGGAAACUUACUGUGUUCGGGUGAAGGAGGAAGUAAAUCAGAUCACUCAGCAAAUGGAUCAGCUGAGCGGGGUGAUGGCGCAGGAGGUUUUAACACGUCUCUCAGAUAUAUUAGUUGUAUUUAAAAACAUAGAGAAGAACCAAAUGUUGUCUUAG